GCACAUACGCGCACGCACGGCAGUCGAAGGUUCGUUGUUCGGUCGGCUGCACGCGUACCGCUCGUGGCCGCUGUCAUCGGUGUCGUUCGCGAUUACAUUUUUACUGUAACACAUAACAGUAAUAAUAAUAAUAAAUUAUUUUACGUACACACACAUUUGAUAUAUAAGUAGUUGUUUUGUCGUUGUUAUCUGGUUCAGGUGUCACGGUGUAUUCGUGUGUGUUUUAUUAAAAGUUUAUUAUCACACACUCUUAUCCUCCUCCAACGCCGACGUGCCAACAGUGUUGAACCUAUUCCGGGUACUUAUUGAUAGUACUAACCUACUCGAUAGCAACCGGACCGUAGGAAAAAAACCCGUAACGCCCGUUAAGUUCCAGGGUGUCGCGGCACCGAAGUUUAUUUUUGAAACCACUGUCGCGCAUAAUAGAGAUAAUGUAUGUGUUAUUGUGUACGUGUUGAAGACAAAUGUUCUGUUUUUUUUUUUACGUUACGAAGAAAAACACAAUUUUCUUUUUUUAAAACUUACAUUAGGUUGUUUCUUUUAUUAACAGCAGUUCCGUUAAAUUGUUUGUUUUUAUUCGACGGCGUACGUUUUUAGCCGAGUCGUUUCGUUACUUUAUUUAUUUUAUUAAACUUUUACUCCGAUAUAAACAUUGUCGAAGAGAUAUCGCAGCCAAGACGAUCUGGUGUCGAAAAAAGUGAUGUAGCCGCCGUCCACACGAUAAUAAUAAUAAUAGUAACGUGCGUCGUGUGCGUCGGUAAUUAAUUAAUCAUUAUCAUGUGUGAGACGGUGUUGUUGGCGCAUUGUGUCCGUCUUGUUGUUGUCACUGCGAUCGCGACGGGACUGAAUUCUUGAACUCGCCCCCUACCCGUCCCCCCCCGGGCAAAGUGCAGGACACGACCGGGAGAGAGUCAAAUAAAAAUUCGACCGGACUGCAAUAUUUCCGAUUUCCAUGAACACUAGUACUGCCUCCACGACGACCGCAGUGGCGGAGUCGAAGAUGGUCGACCAAUGCGAAAACCAAACGGACUGCAACAUGCCACAAGGCUCCUGUUGGUCUACCGUGUACUCUGGUUUUUAUUUAUUCCUUGCCAGGCAUUCAGGUCGGAGACGUAUCGAAUCCGAGGGAACGGUACUAGUGAGGCGGCAAGGCGGCGGCGGCGGGUCGUCACAAAGCCUGCACCGCGCCGCCACGUUCACCAUGUUAAACUUCCUCCUGCUAGUCUCUGUAUGUCUUUCAUCAACCACACACGCGUGUUCGAGUAGGUCGACGCCGAAACCGCGACCCCUACAGCCGACGGCGCGGCCCAACGUCACCUUCCACACGUACCCUUGUCCGCCGGUGUACGCCACCUGGUACUGUCUGAACGACGCCACGUGUUUCGCCAUCAAAAUCGGCGAGUCUCUGCUGUACAAUUGCGAGUGCCCUGAUGGUUACAUGGGUCAGAGGUGCGAGUACAAAAACCUGGACGGUUCGUACACGACUACCAGGAGACAAGUGAUGUUGGAAUCUGCCAGCAUAGCUUCGGGGGUCAGUGUGGCGGUGCUGUUGGUGUUCAUAAUCUGCACCACGUUUUACAUCAGGUCGAAACGACAGCGAAAACUCAAAAUGAACGCAACGGACAUUUCAAUGGUAGACGGCACGUGGGGAGACAUGGAAAGGCGGCCCUUUGCGUAUCGGCCCAAACACACGAUCGUCACGAUUCCUCUCAAGACGGUAAUCACAGAGUCCGUGACGCGUCCCGUUGACGGUCCGGAAGGUAGUUCGCGACAAGAACCGCUGAUCGUAUGAGACGACCAAGUCGAGCGACAACCAUUGGAUAAUAAAACAUACCUGGACGAGAUGCGUGACAUACACAACAAACGGACACUAAAUUGAGCCCAGACCGGAGUGGCGGCCGGCCACCAAUAACAAUUUUUUGGUGAACCACAUCACAAAACAAUUAUUCCGCCAAAGAUUUUCCACACAUUUAUAAAAAUUAUAAUUAUAUAUAUAUAUAUGUUUUUUUUUUU